UCUCGUUCUCGGUGUGGGACAAAUUUGUUUGCCCAAUUUCAAGUUUAAGUUUAAGUUCGUUUCAAAAUAAACCAAAAAAGAUAUAAAAAAUAUAAUUAUAAAAUAAUUAUUAUAUGUUAUAGAUAAUAUAAUAGUUUCCAAAUAAAAAUAGCCUGUGAUAAAAUUUGUUAUAUAAAGUAUCUUGUGAAGUGAGAUUUUUUUUGUAAGAGUCAAAAUGAUGCGUGAAGGUUUAGCUCAUACGUUGGAAACCGAUGGCUACGUAGUGCUAGAAGACUUCUUCACCGCACAAGAAGUCGAAGAAAUGAAAAAUGCCGGAGACGAUUUGACCAAAAAUAUUCCCGAAGACUGUCGAUCUGUUUUCAGCACUAUAAACCAUAAAGAUAAACAGAGUAAAGACAAGUACUUCAUAGAAAGUGGUGAUCAAAUCCGAUACUUUUUCGAAGAAGAUGCACUGGACAAAGAUGGAAACUUAAUUGUGGAUCAAUCGAAAUCUUUAAAUAAGGUCGGCCAUGCCCUGCACUGGUUCCAUCCGACUUUCAACAAACACACCUAUUCGAACAAAAUUAGAGAACUAUUUUGGCAACUCGGAUUCAAGGCACCGGCCGUCGUCCAGAGCAUGUACAUUUAUAAAAAUCCUGGAAUAGGAAGCGAAGUGGUGGCCCAUCAAGAUGCAACUUUCCUCAAAGCCGAGCCCCCUUCAGCCCUCGUCGGAAUUUGGAUAGCCCUAGAAGACGCAACUCCAGAAACGGGUUGUUUGCGAUUUGCAAAGGGCUCACACAAAAGUGGGGUUCACAGAAGGUACAAAAGGACGAAAAAUGGUGAUGAUGUGGUGUUGGAGUACGAUAGGCCGGCGCCUUUGUAUCCUGCUAAUAAUUUUGUGGAGUGUCCAGUAAAGAAAGGUACCUGUAUCGUCAUCCACGGCCUCGUCGUCCACGACAGUAAACCGAAUAGAUCGACACGAAGCCGCCACGCCUAUACAUUUCAUGUACUUGACGCCCAAGACGGAGUUGAUUACAGUAAGGACAAUUGGCUGCAGCCGACCGAGAGGCUGCCCUUUCAGAAAUUGUAUGAGAGGAACGAUUGAAACGAUAAAGGAUAAAGGAUAACAAUUUUUGAAACAAUAUUAAAUCAAAAG